AUGGAGGAGCCGAAUGCGGGCGGCGCCGGCGCGGCGGCAGUAGAGGUAGCGGAUCCGGCUGGCGCCGGAGUCGGGGCUAGCGCAUCGCCAUGGAGGAAGAACACACCACCUCCGGCGGAGUCCGGCGAGGCGGCCGUUAUGGGGGCCAAAUCCUGGCCCGCGCUCGAGGAGGCGAGGCAGAAGGUUGCCUCGGAGCCCCCCGCGAAGGCAGCGGCGGGCAAUGCUGCUGGCAGCGAUUCCGCGAAGGGGCCGCAGGCCCCCCCUCCGCCGUCGGCUCCAUCGCAGGUGGCUAGUCGUAUGCACAAGUUUGAUGGCCAUGGAAAUGGAAAUCCCAACAGAAAUAACCAAGCCCAUCAUAGAAAUGGGCCCAGGAGACGUUUUCCUGCUGCUAAUGGUGCACCACCUUACCCUCCACCAAUGCAUUAUCCCCAACAUCCAGGGCAGCCCAUAUUUUACCCUGUGGUUCCCAGUCCAAUGAUACUACAAGAAUAUUCUUACCAGCCAUUUCCUAUCCCGGUCCCGAAUCAUGACCGGCAUGUUGGAAAGUCUGGUUAUGAGAAUUCUUUGCCUCCUUUUGUUCCAGUAGAUCAAGUUGGUGCCCAUGAAGGUAACAGGCCAAUGCCUCCACAUCCAAGAGGAGAUCCUCAUCUUUGGCGGCCUCCUGUUGGCACUCAUGGCACUAGGUCCCAUCCUGGUCCUGAAGGCCAUGGCCAUUAUGGUCAGGCUUGGCAAAAUCCUCAGAUGUUUGGUACUAGAGAAAACACAAGCUUACCACAAGGUCUUGGGCCAAGAGCUUUUGUCAGACCAAUGGUACCUCUUGGAUACAUCAAUGGACCACCAUAUCCUGGGCCUAUCCCUCCCAUGUAUUAUUACAUGCCGGCUGUACCUAUGGAUUCAGUGAGAGGUCCACCACGCUACAUUCAAAAUCAACCGGCUCCUAAUCCUGUUUUAUCCCCAGAAGCUGCUGAGUUAAGAUCUAAUAUACUAACUCAAGUGGAGUACUACUUCAGUGAUACAAAUCUGGAGCAUGAUGAUUUCUUGAAAUCUUUAAUGGAUGAGCAUGGUUGGGUUCCAGUUUCAAAACUUGCAGAUUUCAAGAGACUUAAGAAAAUGACCGAGGAUAUACACCUGAUAUUAGAUGCACUGGCAAGCUCAAGUCUUCUAGAAGUUCAGGAUGAGAAGAUUAGAAGGCGUUCUGAUUGGUCAAAGUGGGCCUCGCUUUCUGGUACAUCUGUUGCGAGCCCAUCAUCUGCCAGUAUGGAUAGCAGUGUGGGUGAGAAGAACAUUGGUGGCUUUUCAAAUAAGGAUGCUUAUUCUGAAGAUCAAAAGAAGCAUUGUCAAUCUAAAGAUAUUAGAUGUAAUACAGAUAUUGGUAUGGAGGAAAACGUUAUUGAUGAACAAGUGCAAGAUUCACAUGGUUAUUCAUUGAAUAAGGACUUUUCUGUCAUCAGUAUUGAUGAAAAGACUAAGAACCUUUCUGCACACCCUUCACACAAACAUGAAUCUUCUUUUAGAUUUUGUGAAGUUCAGAAAGUGAGGUCGAAGAUAAAUGUACCUGAUGCUCAGAGUGAAAGAGGUUUCUCUAAUGGUUUCCCAAGUGACUUCUCUAGCUUUGGUGGUGACCAGAGCACUUUCUUGCUUGAUGAGGAACUGGAACUGGAACAUGUGGACCAUUCAUGUGAUGACCUCUAUUCACAUAAAAGGGGCAAUGAUGAGGAUGAGGACUUUUUUGUUGAUGAUCAAGAUGUUAGUAGGCUAAUGAUUGUCACACAGGAUACUAGGUUAGAAAAGGAUGACAAAAAUCGCAAAAGUAUACCACAGGCGUUUUCAACUGAGGAAGCUUCAAGAAUAAGUGAUGCCUUAUACCGCUAUGAGAAACUUCAUGGUCGACGCACUGGUAAUCAAAGAAGUUCCCAGGCUAAUCCUGCAGAUGUUGAUUCUAAACCAACCAGUGGUUCAAAGGGGAACCAUAUUGGCACUGGGACUAAUGGUACUGAAGAAGCUGGACAGCCCAUUCCACGUAGGCGCCAAAAUAGAGGCAAUAGAAAAGCGCACGGCUCACGUAAACAGAGGUUCUUUGCUGGUAAUUUUGUGAAUAAUCCCGAUCAAUAUGGUGGUGUAUCAGAAAGUCCUCCAGGCAAUUCAGUUGGAUAUUUCUAUGGAUCUACUCCAGAAAAUCACAGUUAUAAAAGCUCAAAGCUGAGUUCAUCUCCUCAUGGAAUUCCUACUGGGAGCUCGCCUGUUGGAUCUGUGCCCAAAUCUUCUCCACAAUCUCACCAUCUUACUUAUCAUCUUUUAGAAAAAAAUAAACUCCAGCAGCAAAGGUACAAUAAGUUCAUAAAUCAAUGCCUUGUGGAGCGUAAGAAAUUAGGCACUGGCCAGAGUGAGCAAAUGAACUCACUGUAUCGUUUUUGGUCAUACUAUCUAAGAGAGAACUUUAACGAAGAUAUGUACAAUCAUUUUAAGAAAUUGGCACUGGAGGAUGCUGCAGCGAGCUACAGAUAUGGUCUCGAGUGUCUAUUCAGAUUUUAUAGUUAUGGUUUGGAGAAAAACUUCCAACCCAAUGUCUAUGAAGAUUUCGAGAAGCUUACUUUCGAAUUCUACCAUAAUGGCGAUCUUUAUGGACUCGAAAAAUACUGGGCAUUUCACCAUUACCGAAAUCCAGAUAGCGGCCAUGUAGAUAAACUUCCAGAGCUGGAGAGGCUCCUGAGGGAGGAGUUCCGGACCCUAGAAGACUUCAACAAGGCAAAUGAGAAAGCCCGAGAGACGGCAGAGAAAGGAACUCGCAUCAGUAGCAGUAGUGUGGCGGUGGCCGCUAGUCAUAGCAAGGCUGAGACUAAGUAG